AUGGGAAGAGAUAAAAGAAAAAGUAGAGGUCGAACAGGUAGUAGUCAAUUUACUAAUGCCGCCGAUCUACAAAAUCGUUUCUUUGCUGAAAGUGGAAGUCAUAACUUACAAGAAGACUGUGAAGCAUUAGCCAAAUUUUUCAAUGACACUAACAGUAUAGCCGAUGAUGUAGAGCAAAUUAAGUUAUCGGCUAAUGAGACAGUAUUCAAUCAGAAAAAGCAAGCUCUAACUUCUAAAAUCAAGAAUCUUAAUAGUAAAUGUAAUGUGACUGAAAGUUAUUCAAUAACUAAUUUAUCUAGACAAUUAAGUGAAGUAGAAAAGUUGACACCUAAACACCAGCAAGAAUUACUCAAAUUAGAGCAAGAAGCACGAGAAUUACAAUCUGCUUAUGAUGAAAACGUUAGAAAAGCCAAUGAUCCUAAUACUAGAGGUAAUGUUCCUAAAAACCUUCCUUCUAACAAAAAGAAAGACCCAAAAAAAGAUAAUGAUAAAGGUGGAGGAGGUAAUAACAAUCCCAAUCCACUUGAAGAACCUAAUGAAUUUUUUGAAAAAUACAAAAAAGAAAUCUUCAUCGCCCUUGCUCUAUUCAUGGUAUUAUUCCUCCUUUACACUCAAAAAGACACUGAAGAUGAAGACACUAAGGAAGAUAAAAAACUUAUGCGACAAAUGAUGCUGAUGAAAACAAUGAGUGGCAAACAACAAAAUGAACAAAGUACAUUGGUUAGAAAAUACCAAGAAGAUGCUAUGGUUUUUCCUGAUGGAGAUAAAAAUAAAAAUUUUUACUUUUCCCGCUCCGCUGUCUAUAAAAUUCAUUUUCCUCCUGCUCUGCAAGAAUAUUAUGAAAAGGCUCAAGAACAUGAUAUUGAUAGCACUUUGUUAGAUAAAACUGAAGAUCUAAUUCUAUCAGAAGAAAUUAAGUCUUGGGAAAGAAGAGUAGCAGAUAAUCCGGUGCGAGGCGAACCUGAUUCAGAUAAAAAAGAUAACAGUGCUUUGCUCUACGGUGCUCCUGGAACAGGAAAAACAGCUACUAUGAAAAAUAUCUGCGUGCUAGCCGAUAAAUAUCCAUUAGUAGAAAUAAAAGGUUCAGCCUUAACUCCUACUAAAGAUGACCAAGAAUCAGGACUUUUGCCUCUUAAAAAAGAAGAAAACGGCGAAGUGCGUUAUAUUCUAUUUGUAGAUGAAGCCGAUCAAAUUAGCAAUAAUGCUCUAACUCAUGACCCCACGAAAUUAAGGUUCCUGAAAGUCUGCUUAGAAGGAGUAGAUAAACUUUCUCGAAGUGUUGAACUUGGGGUGAAUUUAAGAAGUAUGCUGAGCAGUUUGGUAUUUAUGACCAAUUACCAGAGAGAUGACAAGAGACAAUAUGACCCUAAUGAGGAUGAAAAGGAAAGUAAAAAAGAAAAAACGGAGUUAAAAGAUAUUGAAAUAGGUGAGUUUUUAGAAUUCUUUUGGGGCUUAUAUGAUAGUAGAGACUUAAUGAACUACGAUGGUAAAUUUAAAAAUGUUCGAAAACCAACCGUGGAAAAAGUGUUAGAAGUUCAGUUCACAAAUCUAAUCAAUAGAAUUGAUGAACAAUUAGAUGAUAUAAUUAUUGAAUUAAAAGACACUAGAGAAGAUAAAAGGGAAGAAAUAAGAGCCGAUAUCAAGAAAAUAUUUGAAAUACUAGGAAAAAGAUAA